AUGAUUCGAAAUCCUAAGUUGGAAGAAUUCGAAAUAGAAACAAAGCCAUCAAGAAAACCGGGAAGGGAAACUUUUUCGCAUUUUAUGUAUAAUGGAGAUACCGGGGCUAUUUGUGGAAGGACUGCUGAAAGAUGGGGUAAACUAAUUUUAUUCUAUGUAAUAUUUUUGUCUGCCCUGGUGGCUCUAUUCUCUAUAUGUAUGGCGACAUUCCUGCAACAAUUUAUUAAUCCUCGUGUGCCACGCCUUCAACAAGAAGGCAGCUUAAUUGGCACCUCUCCUGGUCUAGGAUUUCGUCCACUUCCAGAAGAUGUGAGGAGCACCCUCAUUUGGUACAAAGGAACGAGUUAUGAGAGCUACAAGUAUUGGGAAGAUCAGCUUAAAGAAUUUCUGUCAGUCUAUAAGCAAAAAGGUCAAACCGCUGGUGCCGGGCAGAAUAUAUUCAAUUGCAACUUUAGAAAUUCCCCACCCCCAGGAAAAGUCUGUGAUGUUGAUAUUAAGGGCUUUGAGCCAUGCAUUGAGGAAAAUCACUUUUCCUUUCACAAAUCGUCGCCUUGUAUUUUCUUAAAACUCAAUAGGAUAUAUGGGUGGCGUCCUGAGUUCUAUAAUGACACGAACCAUUUACCUGCUGACAUGCCUAUAGAACUUAAAGAUAACAUUAGGAAUAUUACAGCAAAAAACCGGGACCAGGCGAACAUGAUCUGGGUGUCCUGUGAGGGCGAGACUCCAACAGAUAAAGAGAAUAUAGGGCCAGUAAGAUACCUUCCGCACCCUGGCUUCCCAGGGUACUAUUAUCCGUAUAACAAUGCUGAGGGGUACCUGAGUCCCUUGGUCGCCGUGCAUUUACAAAGCCCUAAAGCUGGGAUAGUAAUCAACAUCGAGUGCCGUGCGUGGGCUCAAAACAUAAAAUACGAUAGAAGAGAGAAACUCGGUGUCGUCCAUUUUGAGCUGAUGAUUGAAUAA